AUGCCGAACUGCUGUUGCAAUUUUCACUUCUAUCACAGACAAUUUUGUCUAAAGGCAUACGGAUCGUUGACAGACAACUUUAAAGUUUUGUUUUCAGCCGAAGCAACCACAUAUUCUUCCGUUCUCAACAAAUGUGCGAAUUUCUGUAGAGGCGACCGACGUUGUAUUGGCAUGGAACUGUGUACAAUUAGAGAGGACCUUUACAGAUGUAGGGUUUGUUGUGAGUGGUUAAGAUUGACCGAAAAGACGUCUCUAUUUAAAGACUCAAAGGAAUGUAAAUAUAUGGAGAUGAACGAGGAAAGAACUUCUAACGUUGCUGUAAACAAGCCAGCGACCAUAAUUUCUGUGUUCAAACCUGACUACCAGUUCGCCUCGAAUGCAGUUGACAACGUCACAGUCUGUCCAAACGGCCUUUCCAAUGCACACACUCGCUUUGAAUUUAAUCCUUGGGUAGAAAUAGACUUGCAAAAUACGUUUGACGUUCUGAAAGUUCUUAUUUUUAACAGACAGGAUCAAAGCGGGAACAGACUGCAUGACCUAUCUAUCAAUAUUGUUGAAAAUGGAACAGAACAUUUAUGCGGUUUCUUUGAGGGACCUGGAGUGACAGGGGGUCGCCUUCUUCUUUUCUGUACUUCCGGUUCCAGGGGAAGAUACGUCAAACUCAUGAUUCAGAGCCGUCCAGGAGAAAAAGACUUCUUACAUGUUUGUGAAAUUCAGGUCUUUGUGGCACAGUGA